CUAUUAGUAGAUUCUGUCCUUGUUCUAGUCGGCGAAGUUUCCUAUUAGGCUAUUACUUGUCACCUCUUCUUCAACAAUCCCUUCAUAUAUUCACUUAAUUCUACCAAAGUUGUCUGUUUUUUCACUUUUCUGAAUAUGGGUUUCUGGGAUUCUUUGCUGAAUUGGCUUAGAAGCCUUUUUUUUAAACAGGAAAUGGAGCUUUCCCUGGUAGGUCUUCAAAAUGCUGGGAAGACAUCUCUCGUCAAUGCUAUUGCUACUGGAGGCUAUAGCGAGGACAUGAUUCCGACGGUUGGAUUCAAUAUGCGGAAAGUUACAAAAGGAAAUGUGACCAUAAAACUCUGGGAUCUUGGGGGCCAAAGGAGAUUUCGAACGAUGUGGGAGCGCUAUUGUCGGGGUGUCUCUGCGAUAUUGUAUGUUGUUGAUGCUGCUGAUAGAGACAGUGUACCUAUAACAAGAACCGAGUUACAUGAACUUUUGAAGAAACCUUCAUUAACUGGAAUUCCUUUGCUCAUCUUGGGAAACAAAAUUGACAAAUCAGAAGCUCUUUCGCAGCAGUCAUUGGUCGAUCAACUAGGUCUCGACUCAAUAACGGAUAGAGAAGUCUGCUGCUACAUGAUUUCGUGCAAGGAUUCUGUAAAUAUCGAUGCUGUUAUCGAUUGGCUAAUCAAGCACUCAAAGACCGCGAAAUAAAGAGCUGCUCCGGGAUAUAAUAAUCUGGAAAAAUAGAAUAUAGUUCUUUCUGAGGAUCUUGAAAUGAUCUGUUAAUAUAUUUUCUGGCUGAUCUGUCUUUUGUUAGUUCUAUAUAGUUUUUUUUAAUUACAAUUCUGUGCUAUAGUGCUUUGAACAGUCAUACAUCUUUUCAUUAUGAAUUUGCAUUGUUUGUCUUGCUUUC